AUGAAUUUUACUAAUGAGAAUUCUUUGAGUAAUUGGAAAGAAAAAACUAUAAAAAAAGUAGUUUACUAUUAUCGAGAGGAGAAUGUUGAGAAAAUCACAAUUUAAAUCAAAUUUACUUCAGGCUAUUAAAUCAUCUAUUCAGACGAUAGAGGAAUCUUGAGAAUGUAAAUUUAUUUAUAAAGCUAAAAUAAAGAGUAUAAGUGGAUAGAGUUCUUGAGAAUCCAUAAAUAUUUAAUAAUAUGAAUCAAAUUGAAUAUCUUUCUUGGCAAAGUUAUUAUAGUUAGAACAAAAAGAAUAUUUGCAAAUGGAUUGUUUCUUGGGAUUAAAGAGUUUUAAAGAAUGUUGGUGGAUACUAUAGUGUAGGGAAAAAGCAUGGUUUAUGGGUAGAUCUAUUCCUAAAUUUUUGGAAGUAAAUGUUUUGUAUUAUGAACAGUUAAGAACGAGUUUUCGAAAUUGGAGAGUAUUAUAAUGGUUUAAGAAUUGGAAAAUGGAAUUUUUUCAAAGAUGGUUAAAAGAUGUAAUUAUUUAUUAAUUAAUUAGUGGUGGUGGGUUUUACAGUAUUGAUGGUUAAAAAUAAGGGAAAUGGAUUGAAUUGGAUUAAGGGUUUUAUUUUAGGAAAUAAGUUAAGUAUAAUGGAGAAUAUAAUUAGAAUGGUAAGAAAGUAGGUAGAUGGGAUAUUUUGUAUAAAUAAAAUACUGAACCAUUUAAAUUAAUGUACAUUUUUAAUAUUUUUAAAGGGUGCAGUGGUGGUGGAAUAUAUAAUCAAGAAGGAAAUUAAUAAAAGAUUGGAAAGUGGGUAGAAUUAUAUGAAAGGUUUGAUAUUUAUGCUUAAAUCACUUAUAAUGGUUAAUAUAAUAUGAAUGAUAUGAAGGUAGGUAGAUGGGAUAGUAUGUUUUAUCUACCAAAUAAACAGGAAUAUAAAUAAAUGUAAAUAUGAUCUAAUUAAGGAAUAUUAUAUCUGCUUGUUUAGUGGUGGUGGAGUUUAUAAUUAAGAAGGAGAGCAGAGAAAAUUUGGAAAAUGGACAGAACUUGAUGAAGAUUUUAAAGAAACUCAUAAUGGUGUCUAUAAUUAGGAAGGUAUGAAGGUAGGUAGAUGGGAUAUUAUGUAAUAUGAUUCGGAAAAUAAGAAUAUAAAAUAAUGUAAAUAUUAGAUUAGUAUAAAUAAUAUAGUGGUGGCGGAUCGUAUGAUUUAAAAGGAAAUUAGAAGAAGAUUGGCAAUUGGGUAGAAUUUCAUAAUGAAAAAUAAAUCUUUUUUAUUGGUGAAAAUAAUAUGAAAGGUAUUAAGGUAGGA